GCCAUUUUGGAUUUGGUAUCAAGCUCCUAAAAUACACAACGCAGCUAACAGGCUAACAGCACUGCAAGGAGUUAAAGAAACUACGCAGGGAAAGUUGGGACCUACAAGUCAUUAGUGCAAUGUGCUAUAUUUCUUAAAUGUGUGCUUUACCACGUUUAUUCGGUUUUCUAAAGUGUUUGAUAAUGCGCAGCACACGUGACUGUUAACUAUUCAGCUAGCAUUUAGCUAGUUAGCAGAGGAGAAGCUAAAUCAUUAGCAUCCCCCGGCGUCAGAAAACGGAGAACAUCACCAGUCAUUUUGUCCAUACACUCUCCUAUAGUGUACUUAGUUUUCACCAAUUGGUGUAGAUGAGUAAACCAGUUUAGACUUAAACCAGAGACACAUCCUCAACAGCCAUGUACCAGCUCCCUGUGAAUAAUCUUACAAGAAUCAGGAAAGCCAGAAAACAAGUUAAGAAAAAUCUUGAAGAUAUAGGGCUUGAGCUUUGCAAGGAGGUGGCAGAGGAAUUUAAAGAGUUCUGCCCAGAUGAACAAACUGUAAAGGAUAGUCUAAGCUAUGACAUCUGCACAUGGGAUCCCACCAACUCUAAAUCACAGGGGUACCGAUCGAAGCAGUUUUGCUGCACAGAGUGCCGAUUUUCUUCCAAAUACUACUCUGGCUACAAAAACCACUUCCGCAGUGUGCACCGGAAAAUCCUGGACAGCCAGCUUCUGCUCAACUGUCCGUACUGUUCGUUCAGUGCAAACAGGAGGACUCUGGAGACGCAUGUAAAAAUAUUCCACAUUUCAAAUCCAUUCCAGCCGAGUCAUGGGAAUCCACGUGCUUCUGUUUUGGGAAACAGUACCGUACAGGGGAACAGACUCGAAAAACCAAUGUAUUUCUGCAAGAAAUGCAAAUAUCGAGACGCACUCUACAAUGUGGUCAGAAGGCAUAUUUAUAGAGAACAUUUUCAGCAUGUUGUUUUGCCUUAUUAUGGCAAGGUUUCACCAUCACUGAAAAACGGUGCUUGCUCUGUCAACGGCAAUAGCAUUUUCUGCAAACAGUGUUCAUAUUCUACUCGGAGCUAUGAGGGUUUAGUGCAGCAUGUUGUAGAGUUCCAUGAACGCAUUGGAUCGCAGGUUACAAACAUGAUCGGACAUGCUAACGUUAUGUCAAAGCCUCAGCCAACCAUGAACGAGAAAGCUGCUCUGAUCAUCAACAGAGCUAAAGCUCCCAGACCUGAGCCAUCAGUACAGCCUGUAAUUGGCUACCUGAAGCCUACUUUUAAGAGUCAGCGCAGCAUCCCUGCCAAUCCAAAGCGUGUCACUGUCGGUACCAAUGGUUCUGUAGCUGAAAAUAAUCAAACUGGUGUAAACACAGCCCAAACACAGAAGUGGAAGAUAUGCACUGUUUGCAAUGAGCUCUUUCCAGAAAACCUGUACAGUGCUCAUUUUGAGUGUGCUCACAAGGCAAAGAAAGUUUGGGCAUUAGCCAAAUACAUCAUGAAAAUCCACAACUUCACCAGCAAGUGUUUGCUUUGCAACCGUUAUCUGCCCAGCAGCACAUUACUGAACCACAUGCUGAUCCACGGCUUAACCUGCCCCCAGUGCCACUCUGCUUUCCACAGUGUGGAAAAGAUCAUGGAGCACACAGCUAAGACCCACCCAGAUGAGUUUUUUGGACCCACUGGUGCAGCUCCUUUAACGUUUGAUCUUACCAUCAAACAAAGCAAACCCACCAACAUUCAGCUGGCUGUCCUCCCUUUCAACAUGAAGGAUUCGCCCAAUGGUCAGGAUCAAUCUGCACCUGCACUGCAAUCUGUUCAUCUGCCCGGAAAAGUACCACCGGUUAGAAUUAUGGAAAAACAAGGCGAACCAAGAAAUUUCCCUUCAUUAUUCCAGACAAGCGAAGUUGGGAAGACUGUUUGUCCGCUGUGUUUCUCCAUCCUUAAAGGUCCUGUCUCAGAGGCCUUGGCCAUGCACCUUAGACAGCGACAUCAAGUGAUCCAAACCAUCCAUCCUGUUGAAAACAAAAUGACAUACAAGUGCAUUCAUUGUUUAGGGGUGUACACUAGUAACAUGGUAGCGUCCACAAUCACACUGCACCUUGUGCAAUGCAGAGCAGUUGGUAGGAAUCAGUCAAAUCAAGGCUUCAAAUCUUCCCUGACUCUCAACUCAGCAGGUGCUGGUAUCCUCAAGAGGCAGUUGCCAACACAGUCUCCAUCAAAUCCCAAGAGAAUCAAAAUGAGCAAAAGAACAGGUCCUUUUCGUGGAAGCGCUACUACAUUUGACAGCCUGGUUCUGGAUCCUUCUGGCUGGGAGCACAAGACGCAUGAAGCCAGGAAAGAGUUCCUGACUGCAUAUUUUAACAGACGGCCAUACCCAACUUCCCAAGAAGUGGAGAAGCUGGCCGCCAGUCUGUGGCUGUGGAAAUCUGAAGUCGCUAGUCACUUUACAAUGAAACAAAUGCUGUGUUUGACGAGUUGUGAAACCAAGAGGGUUUCGGUUCAAGUUGGCCUUGACAUGGACGCAGUAAGCAAGCUGAAACAUUACUUGAUUUUUGAUAAAGGGAGGUUGGUUGGCACCUCGGCUGUUAGAUCUUUGGGCUUAAAGUCAUAUGCUCCAUACCCAAAACCAAAGUGGUCUCCUCAGCCGCCAAACCCUAUAGUGGAUCACAGUGGUUUGCACAUAGAGAUCAUUUCAAUAGAUUCAGACAAUGAAGAAGAAAUGGAGAAUCCUGUUCAGAUAGAUGACACAAACAAAGAGGAGAACAAAACGGUUACAGCAAACCAUGGAGACCAUGUAGAAUUUCAGUGCCGAGAGAAGCUGACAGAAGGGGAUGAACGUGUGGGAAUGGCUGAUCCAAUUGGAGAAGAAAGCAAAAGUCCAAAUGGAAAAGAAGCUGACCUGAUCCAAGAAGAGACCAUCCUGUCAGAUGAUGAAGCAGAACCAAACCAAGAACAGAGGGUUACCCUUGAGGAUGAAAACUUUGAACCAAACAAAGAAGAGGUCAUCUUGUCAGAGGAUGCAAACGUUGAACAAAACCAAGAAGAGAAAGUCACACUAGAGGAUGCAAACGCUGAACCAAACCAAGAAGAGAAGGUAACAGUAGAGGAUGAAAACGUUGAACCAAACCAAGAAGAGAAGGUAACAGUAGAGGAUGAAAACGUUGAACCAAACCAAGAAGAGAAGGUCUUGUCAGAGGAUGCAAACACUGAACAAAACCAAGAGGUUUUGUCAGAGGAUGAAAACGUUGAAGCCAACCAAGAAGAGGUAAUACUGGAGGAUGAAAAAGCUGAUGUACAAGAAGAGUACAUGGAAUCACAUUCCCCACAGAGCGAAACAGAAGGAAAAACAACAUGACAAAAUUAGCCUGCCAUGGAGAGCUUUAUGGAAGACCUGAAGAAAAGCAUGGAAUGACUCCAUGUUAAUUUGCUUUUGGGUCUUGGCUGCAAACCCAUUAUACUGCUCCAUAAAUGGUUACAACCUGGAGGGCUUCCUAAGAGUCAUAACAAUCUGUUUUCAACAUUUUACUCUUUUGCUGCAGAAAAGAAAAUCAUUUACCCUAACCUCCACUGUAUAAUUGUCAAUUUACAUAUAAAUAUAUAUAUUAAACAGUUCAAUAUACAAACUGUCAUUUUACCAACAUUGCGGUUCUGUUUUAUAGACCUUUUCAAUUUGCCCUUAGUUGUCACGGCAUAUACAAAUAUUUUUCAGGUUUAUAUGGUUUUAUUUUACUUUUGUCUUAGUCUUAGUUUCAGUGUAUCCUGUUCAUGUUAUUCCAGAUUUAGACGAUUAAAGAUGCAUUUAAAGUUUAUGUACUUGUUUGAAUAAAAAGUUAUUAAAAAGCUUUGGUGGGAUUAUAGUCUGCAUUUUCACAACAUCAAUUUU